UUCAAGUUCCCCCCGACUGAAACCCUGCCUGAUUUGUGGGCAAUGUUGGGGAUGUAGAAAAAAAGGAAACCGGAGCAAAGAGAGCGCAAGGGAGAAAUAGGGAGACAACACUAACUGGGUAGCUAUGGAGAUAGUAGGUUUUCCUGGUAGCUUUCUUUGACAGGUGUCGAGUGGGAUAAAAUAAAGUAUCAGAACAGCGUCCAAGAUGUACGGCAAGGGUAAAGGAGCUGUGGUCCCCUCCGAUAGCCAAGCAAGAGAAAAGUUAGCGUUAUAUGUGUACGAGUACCUGCUACAUGUGGGAGCACAGAAGUCCGCACAGACCUUCCUGUCUGAGAUUCGAUGGGAGAAGAAUAUUACAUUAGGGGAGCCCCCUGGAUUCCUCCAUUCGUGGUGGUGCGUAUUCUGGGAUUUGUAUUGUGCGGCUCCAGACCGAAGGGAGACAUGCGAGCACUCCAGUGAGGCAAAGGCCUUCCAUGACUAUAGCGCAGCGGCAGCGCCCAGCCCAGUGAUGGGCAACAUGCCCCCGAACGACGCCAUGCCAGGUGGUCCCAUGCCCCCAGGCUUCUUCCAGGGACCACCCGGCUCUCAGCAGUCCCCACACGCACAGCCCCCCCCACACAACCCAAGCAACCCCAUGAUGGGACCCCAUGGCCAGCCAUUCAUGUCACCACGGUAUCCAGGUGGACCGCGCCCCGCACUCCGAAUGCCAAAUCAGCCUCCAGGAGGAAUCCCUGGCUCUCAGCCUCUCCUGCCAAACAGUUUGGACCCGACAAGGCCGCAAGGACAUCCUAACAUGGGUGGACCAAUGAGAAUGAACCCUCCUCGAGGAAUGGCCAUGGGCCCACAGAAUUAUGGAGGUAUGAGGCCUCCUCCCAACUCCAUGGGUGGUCCAAUGCCAGGGAUGAACAUGGGUCCCGGAGGAAGAGGGCCCUGGCCAGGACCUAAUGCUAACUCUAUAGCGUACUCCUCCUCAUCUCCAGGGAACUACGUGGGUCCUCCAGGCGGAGGAGGUCCACCUGGAACUCCCAUCAUGCCCAGCCCAGGUGAUUCAACUAACUCCAGUGAAAACAUCUACACAAUGAUGAAUCCUAUCGGACCAGGAAGCAACAGACCCAAUUUCCCUAUGGGACCUGGGCCUGACGGGCCAAUGGGAGCAAUGGGAGCCAUGGAGCCACACCACAUGAAUGGAUCACUAGGGUCUGGGGAUAUGGAUGGGUUGCCAAAGAGCUCCCCUAAUAACAUGGGGGGCAUGAACAACCCUCCUGGAACGCCGAGAGAUGACGGCGAAAUGGGCGGGAACUUCUUGAACCCAUUCCAAAGCGAAAGUUAUUCACCCAACAUGACGAUGAGUGUGUGAUUUUAUUUUUUCCUCUUUUUUUUGUAUUUUUGUUUAUCCCCCCCCCUCCUAUUUUUUUGUACCCCUGCACCUGAUUUUUAUUUUAUUUUUUUCAAUUCAAUCCUUACUUCACCUCGGAUUGGACCACCUCCCCUCCUCACACACACACCUUCUGCCCCCUCCCCCCACUUCCACACGGGAUCCGCUAUCUCCCCCCCCUUCCUCUUUUCACACGGGAACUCUAUGGCCACACAGCCUUCUGGGACAGCCCUUGAGCAUGCUGGGACUCUAAUUAAGACGGGCCCUCCUGGAGCAUGCAAGAUGGCCGCCAGUCUGAAUAGGAAGCAGUCACAGAGCAACAGGAAGAGCCUCCUCUCUGACUCUGGCCCCGGCCUCCCUGGCUUCCUGUCAGGUUCUAGACAAUGAGCGAGGGAAGGAGGACAAACAGAGAGAGAGAGAGAGAGAGAAGGAGAGAGGAGACUGGAUAACACAGCCCUCCCUUGAGGACGCAGUGUUGGGUGUUUUUAGCAGCUGCCUGGAAGCUUCUCAACCACGACUUUGGAGUUUUUAAACAAUUUUUAUCGUCUUUUUUUUUUUUGCUGUUCCUCCCAAUGGAUUCAUUUGAGGGUCGGACGAAAUGACCCCUUUUGCCCGCCCCCUCCCCCCCCCUACACAUUGUUCUCUCUGUGUGUACAUUUUGAACAGAGGUGUUGUGGUGAUCAGUGAAAUUUUUUUUUUCUCCAUUUUUUUUGUGUAUGUAUUGUAUCAUUGCUAUUUUUAUUAUUGUAUUAUUGUUAUUAAUGAUAUUGUUAUGAUCAUUUUAAGAUUAGGUUCUAAUUUCUGUUGUUUCUAAGGGCACAUUAUUAUGAUGAAGACAGCGUAUGUGCACACAAAUCGGAAAUUAUUUGCUGUGUAACAUGUGGCUCCACGUGAGCACACUGCCCCCUGCAGGCAAGAUUAUAUCCAUCGCGGUACUGAUUGGCCCUUUUUUUUUUUUUUUUUUUUUUUUAUCUUUCUCACAGUUUUAGCAACCAUCUUUAAAUUUUUAACUUCUUGCUCAAUAAUCCAAACCCAGAAGAAGAAGCGGCUCCUGUUUUUAGUAGCUUCCAUGCAGUGAAAUGCACAGCUCUAUUUAUUUAUGUACUUUAAAUUUGUCUUAUGAAUCAUUGUUACUUUUCUUUUUUUUCCCCUUUUUUUUUUUUAAGUGUUAUCCCUGGGUUUUUUUUUUUUUUUUAACUGCAGAACUAGUAGCAACUGUGUAAAUAUGCAGAUCCAGUCAGCAGCGUCUCCGUCUGACAUCAUCGUAGACCCCCUCUAUCCGAGCCCUAAAGGUGCUGAAAGUUUCUACCGUUUUGAACCCCACUCAUGCUGCUUCCACUACUACUGCCCACUUAGUUACUGCUCACUCUCAACAUGUGCGUAGGCUGCGUUAUCGUCUCUGCUGACCUGUCGUGAACACUUGGAUAGUUUUUUGUUUGCUGAUGAGUCCUCAACACACUGUGAUAUCUGUCUGUGCUUAAUGGAAAUUUUCUUUCGCGCGCCAGUCAGUUUAGCUUGCAUUUUGUUUUACGUACAUGCAGUGCUCCCUCUUUUUACGGUUGCUUCUGGUGAAAGGACUUCUGGCUCUCUGCUGAUAGGAUCUCUGGUGUUUUUAUGUCGGAGCAAAGCAGGUCAGGAAGCGUCAAGGCGUUGCUCUGUUGACUGUAACGAGUGGCCUCCCUCCCUUUGCUCAUCUUGAAGAUAAAGACCUCCUUCCUUCUCCCUUUUCUCACCUUUCCAACGGGCCAGCAUCGACACACAGUCGCACACACCAUCCCUCUCUGAUUUUUUUUGUACAACUCUCCAUCUUCUUGAUUUUAUUUUUUUGUAAAUACUGUAAAAUGCAUUUUGAUAUCAUUGACAUGUUUUGAUAUUUUCAAAUCACAACAACAGUUGAUCAGAAACGUGCUGAUUCAGGCAACUGUGUGUAUUUGUUCAGAUGGUGUGUCUUUUACUCAGAAAUGAUAUGAAUGAUGAGAAACAGAAACUGGAGCUGCUAUAGACUAUUAUGCUAUUUCUUCUCAUCACAGACAAACGUGGGGCUUUUACUGUGCAUCAGAGCUGUAGCGUCGAGGGGUCUUGAGAGGACGAGGGAGGGAAAUUUUGAAGUGUGUUUGAACGCCUUUUAGCUAACUCACUGUCACACACAUUUCCUCGAAAAAUCUUUUAAACAUGGUUUCUUGUCCAGAAGCCUCCCUACUCUGCCGCUGUUCUUGGGGAAAUUUUGAGUGAGGUGGCCAAAGAGCCACAAAACAGGCAUAUUUUUCACCGUUUUUGACAGGGAAUUUGCAAGAACAGAGCGAAAAAAAAAAGAGGCCAGUUUUUCAUACUAGAACUUGCCUCUGACACACUGCAUUUCAGCUUCUACCCUCUUGACACAAACUCAAAGCAGGGCACACGGGAUACUGUCUCUCAAUCCAACACACCAGGGACCAGUGAACAGACUUUACUAUGAAGGAUUUUUUUUUUUUUUAUCUAUUUAAAAAGGGGCGGGAGAAAUGUUUUUGGGAAAGUAAAGAGAAAAAAAAAUAACGGACAGAUUCGUUCUUAAUGCUGAGAAGAAGUAGAGAAAGUGCGGGAACAGGCAUUUCCUCCCCUGUACUUCGAAAUACUGUUGUAUAAAAUGCAGUUGAACUUCUCUCUUUCUGUCCUGUAAGUAAAGCCGUCACAACGUUGAUCAUUUCUGUAUUUCUAUUGUGCUGAUGUAUAAUACUGUAACAUUCAGGGGUAGGGAGGGUUAAGAGAGGAAUUUUUUGAGGGGAGUAAAGAUUUUUUUUUCUGUUCAGUUCCUCAUUUUUCCUCUUGAUGACAAAGCAGUAUUGAAUAUGAGGCAGUCUGUCCUUGGGGAGUUGCUUUGUAUCUCAUGUUAGGGUAGUUUCAGAUCCUAAAUGUCUCGUGUAGUAAAAUAAGAGGUUCCUUCUUCGUAUGUUUCUUUAUAUUGUAAAGUUUCUUUAGACAAAAAAAUGUUGCUUAUUGGAAAAAAGGUGGGAAAACUGCAUUGAUAAAUGUUUUUUUUGUUUUUUUUGUUUUUAAUUUUCAUCAAGUUGUCAGUCGUUUUUGCCUGUGUCCCCCUUGUUGUAGAUACAUAUUAAAAACAAAUAAAAUGACUUCACUCCUUUUGCCAUGAA